GUUAGGGUACCUGUCGGAAGGUCUAUUUUAGAGUUGCCUGCUGGAAUGUUGGAUGAUGACAAUGGGGAUGUUGUUGGCACUGCAGUUCGAGAGGUUGAAGAGGAGGUUGGUAUUUACCUAAAUAAAGAUGAUUUGGUGAACCUCACUGCUUUUCUGAACCCAUCCACUGGAUGCAAAGUAUUCCCAUCCCCGGGUGGGAGUGAUGAGGAGAUAAGCCUAUUGAUGUAUAGAGGGAAAGUGAAGAAAGAGGUUAUAGAAGCAAUGCAAGGGAAAGAAAUCGGUCUACGUGAGCACGGGGAACUGAUAAAGGUACACGUUGUGCCUUUUGAUAAGGUCUGGCGCAUGACUGCUGAUUCUAAAGUUCUUUGUGCAAUUGCUCUCUAUGAAAUGGCUAAGAGAGAUGGGCUUUUGCAUCUUCCUAGGAGUUCCCCAGAUCUUUCUCAGAUGUAGCGUUUAGCUUGUGAUUGUUGCAUUUUGUUCCUAGCCUUUCAGUUGCUCUAUAUGAGAAUCUCUCUCUAUCUCUAAACACACACACACAUACACAUAUUAGUGCCUGCACUGCUAUGCGGAUAAAAUGAAAUUGGAUAUGAUUGGGUUCUAAACAUGAGAAAGUAUUCCAUAUGUUUAUGGUAUUGCCAUAUCUAGGCCAUAUGGUUUACAUAAACAAAAUGCUGUCAUAUUUUUGUAUGAAUUAGAGCAAAGUGUGCAAC